AUGCUUCCUCCUACAGGCUGCCAAGUGCUGGUUCUCCAGAGAGCUGUCAAGACCUUCCGGCUAGGCCCGCACCCGGCCCCGAUCAUCCCAGUCGAUGUCGUCAGCCGCGCGAUCGUCCACAGCGCGCUUGGCUGGGGAGGGCCCCUAACAUCCUCCUCUCCCGCCGCCGCCGCCGCCGCCGCGAAUAUCAUGGCGGCGAUCCCGGACAUCCCCGGGUCGCCCGCGGCAGAAUCUCGUCCAGACGUGGUAAUCAGGAAUUUAGCGUGGGCGACGCACCCUGUCCUCGGGCUUGGCGAUAGCAGCGCGAUCGUUGCUCGGAAGCGCGACCCGGCAGUCUGCGGUGGUGGUGUUGCGCAAGAGGGUGGCGGCAUGGCGGACGUGGUUGCCGGACGGGCUGCUGAGUGCACGGCUGCUGUCGGGAGCGGUGCGCGGGAAGGGAGGAUGCCGUCGUUUCGAGAGAUUUCGGGGCUGCUGUACGACUACGCCGUCCUCCGUGGCAUGCGGCCUUCCUUGGAAGCCCUGGCGAUGAGAUCCUCCUUCGCCGCGGCGUCGGUGUCGCCGCCGCCAGCGACGCCGCCCGGGACACCGUGCGUCGCCCACAGCGGUGAUACAAGCGGCGGCCGGUGGUCAUCGUCACCGUCGUGCCCGCAGUCGCCGUACCCGCCGUCGCCGUCAGGAGGAAGCGGUGAAGGCCGACGGGGCAAUCCUCCGACCGCCGGCGACGGGGGUUUACAGGGGAGGGGUGAAGCGGGGCUCCUACACCUUCGGGGAGGAGGGUUGAAACCGUCUCUGCCGCGGCUGGCGUUCGACGCCAUGCACUUGCUGCUCGACCGGUCGCCGGUGUGGGCGCUGCAGGGCCUCGCUGCCCUGGCCGAGCGGGUUGGCGUCUUCGGCGGCAGCAGCGGUCACAGACACGGCGGCGGCGGCGGCGGCGGCGGUGGCCGUGGCAGAGGUGGGCGGCGACGCCCAGGAAUUUCCGCGACGUUGAGAAGGCUCGACAAGCUGGCCGCCUUGCCGUCCGUGUACGAGACGUUCACGUGGCAGGUGUACUUCUUCGACUCGGCGCUAAGGGUUCCCGAGGGGCUGAAGCCUGCCGGGUAUGCGCUGGAAACGGCCCUGGCCUCCGAGCUACUGCAACGGAGCCUACCCGGGGGCGCCGAAGAAGGGGCAAAGGCGAGUCCCGAACGCCGGCAGUCGAUCCUCAGAGAGCUGGGCUUGCAAAUACGCACCCACCGGUCCGGCGGUCUUCGGUGCGGCGGCCGCGGCGACGACACCAGAACCAGCCUGCGAGCCGGUGGCGCCCCUGAGGGUAACCGCGUCGCCGUCGGAGAAGAACACGGCGGCGGCGGCGGCGGCGGCGGUGGGCGUCCCCUCGGCCACAACGGCGACGAUAUUGAAACAGCGAUGACGAUGACGAUGACGAAUGGUGUCACCGCGAAGAAAAACAGCGAUGACGAAGUCCCUGGUGCCGGCGACCGGCUCACGAGGCGGCGGCGGCGGCGGUCGCUCAGCGUGCUCUGCGGCAGGGCGGACCGCCUCGUGCCGUGGCCUGCCCUAGCGUGGUGGGCGGCCACCCUCCCAGGGUCCGCGGCGCGAGGAGGGGUCACUCUCUGGGUGCGACUGGUGGCGUUCGCCGUCCGAGUGGUCAUGUCCCGUGCCGCUUCGGCGGUCGCCGUAGACGUGGACUCGUUCCGCGAGGCCGCGCCCCCCGGGUACGGUGUUGGGGCGGACGGCGCAAGCCGGGGGAGGUCCGUGGGAGGCGACGGUGUCAAAGAAGACGGCGCGGCGACGGCGCCCAGUGUUGACGGCGAGGCGGCGGGCGGCGGGGGUGGUAGCGACGGUGGUUACAUCGGCGGCGGCGGCGGCGGCGGCGGCCGCGGCGAGAAGAGUGCUGCUACUGCCGCUGCGGCCGGUGCUGACGGUGGGGACGGCUGGCGAGCCGGCGGGUGCGGAGGGCGCGCAGGGGCGGGAAGAGGAGAAGAAGGAGAAGGGGCCGGGAAGGUGGUGGUUGUCUUGCUGCCUACUCACCGCUCGUAUCUCGACUUCGUGCUGGUGUCUCUCUUCUGCGCCUCCAUGCGGUCCUUCCCGGGGCUGUCCUGGCUCAGGGUGCCGAAGGUGGCGGCGGCGGACGGGCCCUUCGGCAAGGAGGGUACGCCGCUGAGGUGGCUCAUGGGGAAGUUAGGAGCAUUUUUCAUUCGGAGGGGGCACAACAGUGAGCCGCACUCUGACCUCCGGCGGCGCCUCGAGGCACUACAUGAAAUUCCCAGGGGCAAACGAGAAACUUCCCAGAAAGUUCCUUCGGGAGAGCAGGGCAUCGUGUGUGACGGCGCGGCAGCGACCCGAGACGAGGCAGGUGACUCUCGAUGCACGAGCGGUAAUGAGCGCAUCCCAGGCCAUCAUCCCCAAGCAGCGUCUGAUGGCAACGGUGGGGGGUCCGCGGACGGGGGCGGGGGUGGAGCUGGUGGACGCUGGCCGGGCCCCUGCGAGUCCGACCCCUGCCAGAGGGGGCUGGAGACCUUGGAGGUAUUCGUGGAGGGGACACGCAGCCGGGACAGGCGGUUUCUGGCUCCAAAGACGGGGUUGAUCCGAGCUCUUCAGGGAGCACGGGAGGGCGCGACGCUUUGGCUGGUGCCUGUGUCGAUCAGCUACGAGCGGGUACCGGAGCAGGGAAGACUAGCGGAGGAGCUGUUGGCCAGGGGUUGCUCUCGAGAAGCGGGAGAGGGGGGGGCUCCGGCGCGCGGUCAGCACACCGUGGGGGCGGUCGGUCUGACGGGACUGUUGAGGUGGACGAUGAAAGCCCUGUCCGGUCGGGUGCGAUUGGGCAAGGUCUUGAUGCGAGCGGGAGAUCCGGUGGCGCUGAACUCCGGGGGGGAUGUCAGGGCCGCCCUUCUCGAGGUGCGGCGUCGGCACCGGUCAGGCACCGUGGUCACCCCCUACCACCUCCGGGAGGCGAGCGAGCACCUCGGGUUGGAAGAGGGUGACGUUCGAGAGUGCAUCCACGAGCUGGGCGGGACUGUGUGGGAAGGGGACGUGGACGGCGGGGUUGGUGAAAGGUCAGUGAAGGCGUACCCCAUCGCCAACCCACAACCGUUACCAACAUCGCGCUAUGCCAGCGACGUGCCGACGGUCGAGCGGUUUGUUUCCUCCGCAACCCCCGCCUCCGACGAUAUGGAGGCGUGGAUGAACCACCUGCAAUGGGUGCAUCUCUUGCACGACAGGCUGAGGGGUCAUGGGCGUGGAGAUGGCAACGGCGGCGGCGGCGGCGGCGGCAGCAGAAGUCGAAGUUGGUCGAGGUGGGCAGAGUGGCUCGUGCCGCAGCUACCGCCGUGUUCUAAUGCUGCAGCUUUGACCGCAGAUUCCGCAGCGAGGCUUGCUGCGGGACGCGAGGAGAAUGAGAAGGACAUCAUUCUUCGACAGCCUUCGACUCUUUGGCUGAGUGAUAGCACCGCUAACGGCGGAGCUGACGCCGACGCCGGCGUUGUCGGCGACACCGCCGCUGCCGCCGUCGCUGAGACAGCGCGGAACUCGCCGCGUUUGACCGAAUCUUCUUCGGGAUCUUGCUCCCCGUCGUGGGUGAUGGCGACCGGCGCGUCAACGUCGUCAUGCUCGUCGUCCUCUACACCGUCGUCUUUUGAGCUGACGUCGUCUCUGGACGAUGAUGGAGCAACGCCCUGCACGGCAGCAACCGCCGCCUCGUCCCCUUCUUCGUUCGAAAUCACGCCGUCCGAGGAAACAGCAACUUCGCCGCUCGAAACAACACCAUCGGUCGACGACGGCCAUGGCCAUGGCCAUGGCGAUGGCGAUGGUAGUCGAGCCAGCUACUCGAGGCGAAACGAUGACGACGAUGGCGACGGCGAAAACCAAGAAGAAGCUGCUCGGUCCUCUUCUGUCGCUUCGCGACGCGUGCUGGCAGCUGUCUUGCGCGAGUUCGACCGCGCGGAAAGCGCCGUGGCGGAAGCACGGGCGGCGUUAGUCGAGAGGGGAUUCUCUCGACCCAGCCCCGGCCAUGUGCUGCAGGUCCUCGUGAGAAAGGCGAACGAAGGCGGACCGUGGCGAGGGGAGCAGGGCUCAGGCUCAAGCGACGACGAAGAGGGGGCGCGCUUGGGGGUGCGGGGAUGUGGUGGCGCUGUCCGCGGCGCCCCAUCCUUGUUCCUCGCCUCUGUCGCGCUGUCUCUUGGUCGUGGCGGGGACGAUCCCCGGGGAAACAAUGCCGGAGGAAACGGGACCAAUUUCGCCGCCACUGACGACGAUUCCGAGGCCGGCUUCAAGACCUCCUCGGCGGCGGCUGCGGCUGUGGCUGCGGCGGAGUCCCUCUCGGUUUCACGGCGGAGUGUCCGUGGCGGUGGCGGUGGCCAACACGAACCCACUACUGCUGUGGAAGACGACGAUGACUGGUUCGGCGCCGUGGACGGCGAUAAGGAAGCGGUAGGCUCCUGGGGGUUCCGUGAUUCAGGCUUCUGCAUAGAGUCCGACCGGUCGGAUGGGGCGAACCCGUUCGUGGUGAUGCGAGGGAACAGGUAUGGCAUCUGCGGACGACCCCUGCGAGGCUUGCUGCCAUUCGUUCGAGAGGCCAUCGGCGUGCCCAUCUCCGCGGAGGGUAGAGCUAGGCGAGCCGCCAGCCCCCCCCCUCCUUCCCUCCCACCCUCCCGCCUGCUGAAACCGAAACCCUCGUCCUUGGACGUUGGGCGCGGCGCAACUGAACCCGCUCCGGAUGUUGGAAGCGGCGGGAAAGGGGAUUGUGCGGGAGGGGGGCGGGUUCACGAGAGUGCUGGAACGGGAGCAGGGCAACAGACACGAACCCUUCUUGAGUCUAUGGUGGAAGCGCUGGGGCUCGGGUUUGACGUCAAAGACCAGGUCUCGUUGUCAAGGCAAGAGCGAGCGAGGCACGGCGCGGGGCACGGCCUCUCGGACAUUUGGUCGCUUCGGUCGGGGAAGAUGCGCCGUUCACCCGAUGCGGUCAUGUGGCCGACCUCUGAAUACCAGGUAUCGCGCCUGAUGGAGUGGGCAGGAGCGGAGGGCGUCUGCCUCAUCCCCUUCGGCGGCGGCACUAACGUCACGAGAGCGCUCGAGGUGCCUCCCCUUGACGUUGAGCCUCGCCCGGUGAUGGACCGCGUGCUUGAUGUGGACGUCGCCAACGGCACUGCACACAUCCAAGCCGGAGUGGUGGGAAGGAAGCUGGCCGCGGAGUUGGCCGAGAGAGGCGUCACGAUGGGCCACGAGCCGGACAGCCUGGAGUUCUCCACCUUGGGAGGCUGGGUAGCCACUCGGGCUUCGGGCAUGAAGAGGGGACGGUGGGCGCCAGGCGCUUUUUCGCGGACGUCCGUCGGUCUGGAUCUGGCUUCUGCCAUGCUCGGGAGCGAAGGCUGCCUGGGAAUCAUCACUAGCGUCGUGGUCAAGGUCGUCCCGCUGCCGCAAGUAUCGGAGCACGCCUCCUUCCUCUUCAGAGACUUCAAGUUGAGGCUUGGCAAGGCCAUGAAGGGCGAUGAGGACGAUGUAGCCGGUGCGCUAAGAUCCACUGUGAGGAGCCUCGUCCCCAAGGCCCAAUCUGCCUAUAUCUGGCUUUGGAAGGGCUGGGGCUUGAAGGAGACGUCAGCGGUGACCAUGGUGUUCGAAGGUUCGCGGCAAGAGGCCGCCCUGCAAAAGAGGGAGGUGUCGAGGAUCGCUCGGUCUCACGGGGCCCUGUCGGGUGGUGCGAGCGCCGGCAAGUCCGGCUACGACCUGACCUUCGCCAUCGCGUACCUCCGGGACUUUGCGCUCCUGUUCGAUGUCCUGGGCGAGUCGUUCGAGACGUUCGUGUCGUGGACUGCCUUGGAAGGGUUGUGCGAGAAGGUGAACGUCCUUGUAGCCGUCUGCGUGUGUUUCGCUUCGAGGGUCUCUUCCCCGGUCAUUACUGACCUCGUGCUCGGAAUGAAGCGGGCGCUGGAUCCACACAACGUGCUGGGCGCCAGAAAUAAUUUCCUUGCCGCAGAACCCCCGACAGCCGACGGCGUGAAAGCUGACACGUAGUGGGGGGGAGAUUAUAGCGCAACAUCAAUCGUGAAUCACGUUCCAAUCAAGGCGGGACAUAAAAAAAGGGUUUUGGAUGAGCGCACUUCAUCUUUUGCCUCUCGCUAGAAAUGUAAACAUAAUAAAUAGCAUGCGUUUGUGGUAGGCAUUAGUCCGUAGAACCACAAUACCGAAGGAAGGUCUCGCGCCCUUCAUCAGGAGUCUGUUGAGAACAGGAUCCGCGACAUAGACGUGGGGGGUGGCCGUGAGGUCGCUAGUGGGUCCACCCUAGACGGUGCUGUGUUAUUUCGUGAUUUGUUCGUUUUUUUGCCAGUGUUUGCUUUGUUCGGAAUCCCAAAAGCGAGCGAGCUCAAGUCGAAUCUUAACCGGUGAAGUCAACACCGAUCAAGCGUACUACUCAUACUCAUACUCAUAGUCGUGCAUGCCGUAGUCGUUAGACCAUUGACCUCGCAUCCCUACAAAGCCGGGACGGAGCACGCCGGGUUCUCACCGGACCAGGCUCAAGCGGCUCUCAAGCUCAAGAGGCUCAAGCGUACUACGAUAGGGUAAAUCACGGUGUUCCCUAGUUGACAGAAUCAGAACAUGUUUUCCAUUAUAUUCAGCAGAUAUCUGCGGUAGCAGAUGCUGCAGUUUAGAGCCUCUACCAUCCCCAUAGCAUAGGCAUGUUUCAGAGUAUGGCUUAGUGUCCACUUUCUCAAGAGGCCCAGAUGCAUGUUGCAAAUGCACGUCUUAUCCUAGCCAACAACGUUGUAUUGUGAAGGAAAUAAGUGUAAACGAGAGAUAUGUGAUGUACUUUGGCACAGGCACAGGUAGCGCUAGCACGGAAUUCUUGAGUCUAGCGGUAGGCAUGCGCGUGCUUUCUUUCGUACCCUACAUGUUGGUGAAGUAGUCCCCUUUUUAUUUAAUGUUUAGACAGCCGAAGAGAAUGCUGGCAAAUCAGAAUGGGUUGGCGAACGUCGCUCCGUGAAGAUUAUCAUGCAGGAUAACCAUAUGGGC